UGAGAAGGUUCCGUUAUCUCUCCUUCCUCUAGUCCUUAGCAGUUCCUGCACCCGCUUGAAUGCCGCUGAUCUUCACCGUAUAAAAUCAAUUUCUGGAUUCCUUUUCCUGCAUUAUAUCGACCGAUCAUGACUUCUGUACCAUCCUCUCCGACAAUCCGACUUCAGUAUAUUGGACCAGUCUUCUUUGGCAGCCUUUUCAAUUGCGCUUUAUUGGGGAACGUUAACCGUCCAAUUAUUUUCUACAUCCGUUUCCCAGAAGAGCGCACACCUAUCAAAACUUUCGUAUACUUCCUGUACAUCCUAGACCUGGUGCAAACAGUUGAAUCAACGCAUUAUUCGUAUUAUAUCCUAGUGUACGGGUGGGGUGAUAUGUCGGUUCAAUAUGCUUGAAGCUUUGACCCAAAACAGAAACCAGAGGAGGAACGGAGAGGGGAUCCCGAGCCAGAUGAAAUUGAAGGUGAGCAAGCGAAAGAGCAUCACGUUCGUCA